UCUACACAACAAACCCAAUUGACACUACAAGCAAAAAAAAAUAAAAAAAAAAAAAAACAAAAAAACUUAUAAAAAACAAGCUUGGGCAAAAACUAUGCAUUGAACAGCGGUUAAACUAAAAGAAAAAAUAAGUAAAUAAGAUACGUUGCAUUAAAUAUCGAUCUAUGCCAUGGAUCCCAUAUCACAGACCAACUCAACAGCAAGCUUAAUUAAUAUCCUUGCGGUUAACGAUAUCCAAGAUGAUGAUAGUGAUCCCAUGUCUAUUGAGACCCAUGUGGAUGAAGGACAGAAUCAAGAAAGUUUGACGACUGAAGUGAAUUUUACUUCAGACAGCUUCAUAAAUGUUAGACAGCAAAGUGCUGAUGAUAUGCUAAGUACCAUGAAUACGACCAUAGAUUCAACAGGGGUACGUAGACGAAAAAUACCUCCAUGGGAUAUGGAGGAUAUUAUGGAGAGUUCGGAUGACGAAGACGAAAUCUAUGGUGAGGCUAAUGACCAGUUAUUAAUAGAAGAUACCAUACAGAUGAAAGGGAAUAUCCUCGAAAUGAUAAAAAUGCCAUCACUAUCGGAUGUACGCGAGGAGCACAUGAUCGCGCGUGAGUCCAAACAUAUGCGCGACUCCAAACUCAAGCGUGUUACAAGCUUUCAUGGAAAAUUUGUAAAACCCACUGACCGUGUCGUGGAGUCUUCGACGUCAUCGUCAAUAUCCUCGGUAUCCCCGACAUCGACGUCUCAGAAUGCGGAAACCGUUUUACCUGUGGAUUCGAGCGAUGGUGAAAGCUAUGAUGUUUUCGACGAUUUCCGUUUCAGUUUGGGCAAUGUGAAGGACAUCACGUCCAUUCAUUUAAGUCAGGAGGAUCAGGACAAUAUUGAUUUGUUUCUCAAAGCCCAGCUUGAAGCUGCAGAUGAUAUUUCAGAUAAACCCGAAUUGUCGACAGCGAAAAAAUUACCUACAACACCGUAUAUUCUAGAAAUGACAAAGGAUUUCGUUAACGACUUAUUUAAUAGUGUUAUAAAUGAAAUAUGGAUUAAUAAAAAUACGGAAAAGUCGAAAAUGAAUAUGGAUAAGGAUAAGUUGAUUCGAAACCUAAUAGAACUAAAAAAUAAAUACGCGUUCGAGCGGGAGUUUAAUCAAUUUGUUAAUAACAAAAUGUGCGAACAUUACAAGCGCCUGAAAAAUGUAAGACAAUUCUUAAUCUUAAGCCCGGAAGUGAACAGAAAACAUUAUAGAAAGUAUUUAGACGCCCUUCAUAUUUUGGAUCAUCGGCUCAAUGCCGCAGCGGAAACUAAAAAACGCAGUGCCUCUCUCUUAGCCAGUGUAACUAUGGAUCUCUCUUAUAUAAUGAACAUUGUCAUGUGCAGCGAAGAGCAUUUAGAGAAGGUUGUCUUUCGUACUCUGACUGCCAAUAGAACAGAUUCCUUCAAGGGUUUCGUCGAACGUGAACUGCGACACAUUAACCAGACACGUUGUGAGAUAAGUGAUGCGCGCCUCUUCCUUAUCACCAGGAAGCACACACUGGCACGCAUCGCUGACAGAAUAAAAAAAUUGGAAAGAAUCAAUGAAGAGCUCUGCAUGGACGACUUCAUCAACAUACAAAAUCAAGUAGUAGCAUUAGGGAAAAAAAUCGAAGAGCGUAACGCUGAAUUAAAGAAGAUGUGUCUUAAAUAUCAUGCAGGAUUGCAUCAGAUCCAGCACAUUCAUGAGAAGAGUUUGAUGUUAAACACCAAACUGUUGGAUUAUAAAUGUAUUUUAUGUGAGAUGCACAGCAAAGAGGAAGUCCUGUCCAAGACGAUCCGAAACAGCAAAGCUGAGCAUGCUGACCUACGUAAAAAACAGUCUGAACUCAUCUACCAGGGCGGACUGUUAUACAUGCCAUCUCUAAUGCACGAUUUUGAUGCGACUGUCGAAAAGGUGGAGGCCAAGCGGAUCGCUAUUAAUGACCUAAAACAGACCCUAAAGCAUAUGUCCCAACGUUUUGUUGAGCUCGAAGCGCAAUGCAUUUAAAAAGCAUUGUCUUGGUAUACAAAACGAAAAAUACAUAUUUAUAUUAUUUUCCUUUCAUUUACUCUACAUA